UAAAGAUUUAGAAAGACUACUAUAUUUCAAUUUAAAAUUAUAUUUAUUAAUUAAAAUUUAUUUCAAUUCUAAAAUAUUGAUUAUGAAACAAAAAUAAAUUCCAAAAUGUACAAUAUAUUGAAUAAUAUUUAAAUACAUACAAAUUUGAUAUUUACAUAAUUAAAAUCACAUUCUAAUUGUCCAUUGAGCAUGCCUAAUUUAGUUAUUUGUCCCCUCAAUAACAUCCAGCACUGAAUCAGUGAGAACGGCUACUAUGCUCAUUCACAUUGUUGGAUCCCACAGCCCGUGCACUGCUUCCAGCCUGCAACACACCCCAUACUUCAUUAAUAUUUUCAACUCUAGCUUCUACUAUUCCCGGUAUGUAGUGAAACCCUUCAGAAGCUUGUUUAAUCUCCAAUCUGAAAACAAAAAAAAAGUUAGAGGAGAUUAACUUGAAGAAAACAUCAAUGUAUUUAAAAUGAAAGUAGGGGAUAAUGAAUAUAUACUUCUUUGAUGAAGAUGGAGAUGAUGUAGACAAAAGGCCGCUAAUCUGCUCGUUAUAAACUUAAGUACACUGACAGAUAUAUCAUACGUGAACAUAUCACUCCUCUCCUUUGAAAUUUUAAACAAAGGAUUAACCUAACAAGGCAAGCGAUGCAUGUAUUAUAUAUAUGUGAAUCAAAUGUAUAAGGAGAGACUCACAUUUGAGUUGCUAUCAACUUUGAUAUCUGUGGUAAUCUUUUUGCUCUUAAGCUUAAUAUUAAGAUCAGCCACAAAUCGACCUCCUUUCUUUGACCCUGAUGAGGUUAUGGCCUGUAAAAUUUACAAUAGAAGAUAUCACCUAUGAAUAUGCUAAAACACACACAUGACCUUAAAACAACUCCAACAAUUAUCCUGAAUAGUUCAUAAAUUAGACCUUAAUAUACUCUAAUGAGUCAAACAGUCUCAUUAAGCAUGCUCUGCCGCAGUAGACAUCUAUUCACAAUCAAAGCUAAGUCACGGUAGAUGUAGAAUUUGUAGCUUUCCAUAAAUCCACAACAAUUAGGCUUUAAUGAGAAAAACCUAGCAACAUGUACAUUUACUUAACAGAUCCGAUUGAAACUAGAAGGAAACUUACAACUCCAGUUGGCGAUUGGGUAGUGAAAAGAGACAUUGCAGAUAUAGCAGAUAUCGCCGGAGUCGCUGCCCAGAAGCCGUCGCCGGCAUGCCGUCUAGACGCCGUCGCUGCUAUUUUCGCCGGAGCCGAGGAGGCUCGCUGGACUCCCCACUGUUUCGCCGGAAAAGAUGGAGGCCACUCCCCCCCUUGUCGACGCUGUUACCCUCGUCGCCGGUGGAGAUCAUCACCACCACCCCUAUGUCUGACCGGAAAUUCUCCGCCAAAGAUGGAGGUCGCCCUCCGGUGGAGACCAUUCGUUGCCGUCGACUGGCCUCGCGACAUCGCCCUUCCCCGUCGCUGCUGGACUUCGCCGGAACAGAGGGAGUCGCCGGAGGCUGCUGCCCUCAUCCAAUUCGUUGCCUCUGUCCGUGUUGCUUGCGUCAUCGUUGGUCGCAGAUGCAAGGGGGGCCGUCGGCGAUGUCGUGGUGGCGGGGGAUGGUGAUCGGAGCUCGUCGGAGAAGGAAAACAAAUUAGGUCUAGUGGCGGCGUGUCUCGAUCGGGGAAGAAGGAGGCCCAAAACUAACGCGUGAAAAGAGUAUAUAUAUGCCUAGGGUUUUGCUCUCAGUAAUUUAAAAUAACGUGUCUGAGUAAAACACACUUUUCGUG